CUUGCUUGCAAUGCUGUUAUUCUGUAGAUCAAGUGGUCCUAUCACUUGGAAAAUUCUUAUCUCCUCGACAACAAACGUGGCGGUUGAUCGAAUCCUUCUUGGGCUUUUAGAUCUCGGCUUUGAUCAGUUUGUUCGUGUUGGUAGCGUGAGAAAGAUCGCAAAGCCUGUGUUGCCAUUCAGUAUUCACAGCGUUGGAACAGAAUCCCAGGAAUUGAAGGAACUUCAAGGAAUGUUGAAAACGGAAUUGACGAGCUUAGAAAAAGCGUUCGUUCGUAAGAGCAUUGAGAUGCAUAAAUUGGGAGAGAAUAGAAAGCGAUUGGCUAACGUUCGUGUGGUUGGAGUCACGUGUGCAGCGUGCACUUUUGCAUCGCUCGAAAGGCUGAAAUUCCCGGUUUUACUUCUGGAUGAGUGCAGUCAAAUGACCGAGCCAACGUCUUUGCUUCCAAUAGCCAGAUUUGGAUGUAGGAAGCUCGUUCUCGUUGGCGAUCCAAAGCAACUGAAUCCAACAAUCCAAGGCUCAGAACCAUCACACGAAUCUGGUUUGGAACAAACUCUUUUUGAUAGGCUUAUUAAAAUGGUUGGUAUUCCUUGA